CUCAGUUUAGCGCGGUGUUGAAAGUUGGUGCUACCCGGUUUAUGCAACAAGGAUGGAAAAGAUUGCAAUUCUAGAUGCGGGUGCACAAUACGGAAAAGUCAUCGACCGGCGUGUUCGUGAGCUUUCUGUUUUCUCUGACAUAUUGCCCAUCAACACUCCUCUCGAAGUACUUACGAAAGCUGAUUACAAGGCUUUCAUAAUCUCAGGUAGUCCUGAUUCAGUUUAUCAGUCUACGAGCUGUACGUGUGAUCCGAAACUAUUUGGUGCGAACAUUCCCGUACUCGGUAUAUGCUAUGGAAUGCAGCUUAUUAACAAAGUUUUUGGGGGCCAAGUGGUAGAAGGUGACACUCGAGAAGAUGGUGUAUUUUCAGUCGACUGUGAUACAGCUUCUCCAUUAUUCAAAGGCUUGUCAAAACAAGAGCACGUACUAUUCACCCAUGGAGAUCACUGUAUCACCGCCGGUACGGGGUUUAAAGUCAUAGCCAAGUCUGGUUCCAACAUAGCUGGUAUCGCAAACGAUGAAAAAAAGCUUUAUGGAGUUCAGUUCCAUCCUGAAGUGGAUCUCAGUACAUGCGGCCUAAAAAUUUUAAAGAAUUUUCUAUUCGGUAUAUGUAAUUUUAAGGGGGACUUUAAAAUGACUGACAGAGUAGAAUUGUGCAUUUCCAAAAUACGUGAAGCUGUCGGUCAAAAUAAAAUAUUGAUUUUACUAAGUGGUGGUGUCGAUUCCACUGUUUGUGCAGCUUUGCUAUCAAAAACUUUGGAUCCAUCUCAAAUCAUUGCUAUUCACAUUGAUAAUGGUUUCUUAAGAAAAGAUGAAUCUUCAAAAGUUAUAGAAACAUUAAAGUCACUAGGACUUAAAGUUCACUUGAUCAAUGCAGGUCUUCGAUUUCUAUCAGGGACUACAAUGCUUCACGUUGAUGUAAUGACAGAAGCUUUGGCACCGGCUUCCGUCAGCCCUGCUAAAACUCAAUCUGAUUCUGGAUUGACUACAGGAAUGUCAGACGAGACACCAGAUCCAAAUACCAAAGAGUGCAAAUCGACGUUAGAUUCGACGACUACGGAUACAUGUAACACUAAAAGACAGUCACAUAUCAGUGGUGGUGGUAUGCAUCCACAUGUAGAAUCAAGAAACAUUCCCAUUGGACCCCUUAGAACAGUUACUAUAUUCCCUGAAGAUAAACGACAGAUUAUUGGUGAUACUUUUGUGCGUGUUGCUCAAGAAGUCUGGAAUGAACUUCAGUUAGACCCUAGCAGUCUUAUGCUUUGCCAAGGGACAUUGAGACCUGAUCUUAUUGAAUCCGCAUCUCAUUUAGUCAGCCAACGAGCAGAUACAAUCAAGACUCAUCAUAAUACAACUACUUUGGUCCAGAUUUUACAGAAACAGGGUCGGGUCGUUGAACCGCUAUCAGAUUUUCAUAAAGAUGAAGUUAGACAAAUUGGUCGACAACUUGGACUUCCAGAAGCUAUUGUCAAUCGACAUCCUUUUCCUGGUCCAGGUUUAGCUGUUAGAAUUUUAUGUGCUGCUGAACCAUACAUUGAAAGAGAUUUUUCUGAGACAACAAGUCUUAUAAAAAUGAUCGCUGGAUAUCAUCAAAUGUCACAAAAGCCUCAUGCACUAUUAAACAAAAUCAAUGCUGCAGCUAGACCUGAAGAACAACAACGUUUAUCAAAAAUUACAGCAAAUCGUUCACUAGCUGCGUAUGUUUUACCAAUUCGUACAGUCGGAGUACAAGGUGAUCAUCGUACUUAUAGUUAUGCUUGUGCAUUAUCUAGUUCAACUGCACCAGAUUGGGAUGCUCUAUCAUUUUUGGCUAAUUUAAUUCCACGUAUAUGUCAUAACAUUAAUCGAGUGGUCUAUAUAUUAGGAUCACAAGUUGUUCAUCCAGUCAAUGAUAUUACAAUCACAUACCUUCGAGAACCAGUGAUUAAUACACUUCGAGAAGUGGAUGAUAAAGUUAUGACAGUGCUACAAAACAAUGGUUGUAUGAAUAAUGUUGAUCAAAUGCCAGUUGUUCUUAUACCGAUUCAUUUUGAUCGUGAUCCAAGUCAAGUAGUAUCGAUUCCGUCUAUUUUACGAUCAAUUGUACUUAGACCUGUGAAAUCAGCUGAUUUCAUGACAUGUAUUGCUGCUAUUCCCGGUGUUCAUAUUCCUGAAGAUGUUGUUUACAAGAUGCAAAAAGCAGCUGAAGAAGUACCAGGUAUAUCACGUGUUCUAUACGAUCUCACGUCGAAACCGCCAGCAACUAUUGAAUGGGAGUAA